GAAGGAGCGCGCGAGCUGCUCCACGUUACACGCUGAGCUGAGGAGGACGUGUUCACCUGUGCGCCGCCACCGGGACGAAUUUAACGAGGAUUUAUUUCCCCCUCCCCUUCCCCACCCUCUUCAAUUUUUUUUUAUUUUUUAAGCACCACUCCACCUUUGAAGGCGCAGUGAGGGAACACUUCAAACAAGAACCUCUGUCGGACCCCCCUCUGGUUUUGUCUUUAGGAGCCGAACAAGUUUUUAUUUAUUUAUUUUUUUUCUUUUUGCUGAAUGAGUGAGAUAUUACACCACAACUGACCUACAUUAGAAGGGUUUCUUUUUCUUUUUUUUUUUUUUGAAUUUAUAUUUCGGACAGACUGCGUGCCUGCUUUUUUUUUCUCUCCACCGAGGACCCGUAAUCAACCAUGGCGAGACGUGACGCCCGAAAUUGGUCCAGCUGCACGCAAAAAAUGAUCGGACUGCUCUGCUUGAUUGCGUCGAUAUUAACGCAACACGGAACAUCAGGUCAGCGGGUGAAGGUAGAGCCGGAGGUGUUGUCGUAUCCUGGCCAGACAGUCAACCUGCGCUGUGCCUUCACCGAUGCCACUGGGAUUCAGCUCACAAUGGUCACGUGGAUCUAUGAGCCGAAGGAUGGAGAAAGGAUCAACAUAGCUGUGUUUCACCCCAACUUUGAUCCCAACUACCCCGACUCACCUGUGAAAGGCAGAGUCAGCUUCACGCCGAGUCCUCCAAACUUGGCCAGCCCUUCCAUCCAGAUAAGCGGUGUGAGGAUGACCGAUGAGGGGAAGUACAUUUGCGAAUACGCCACCUACCCCAGUGGGAACGAGCAGGGCAUCACUUUCCUGGUCAUGCUAGCUAAGCCUGAGAACUCGGCCUCCAUCGUGACAGUGGUGGCAGGCAGUAAGCCGGCCGUUGUGGCACGCUGCGAGUCUCUGAAUGGCCGCCCCGUUGCCCAGAUCUCCUGGGUGACCACAGCCAAUGGAAACGCAACGACGGUGUCUAAGCCAGGGGCCGACAACACUGUGACGGUGACCAGCGAGUACCGGAUGGUUCCUACCGCGACAGACAAUGGGAAAGACAUUAGCUGCUUGGUGGCGCACAGGACCCAGGUCAAGGCAGAGAGUUUCCUGAUGAAGCUGGCAGUUCAGUAUGCCCCUCAGGUCUCUAUAGUUGGCUAUGACAAUAACUGGUACGUGGGCCGACCAAAUGUGAUGCUCACCUGCCAGGCUAAUGCAAACCCCGUUCCAACCUCUGUCGCCUGGAAGACCAUGUCAGGGGAGAUGCCAGACACAGUGCAGAUCAAGGGCAAUGAGCUGAAGGUGCUGAAGGUGGAUGAGACUGUAAACACCACGUUUGUCUGUGAGGUCAGCAACCGCAUCGGAACCACCAGGGAUCAGGUCACAGUCAUGGUCAGAGAACCCCCACAGAACCCAUCCAAUGUCGGCGUGGUUGCGGGAGCUGUGAUUGGCUCCCUGCUGGCCGUUCUUUUGGUCGCCGCUCUCAUCGCUGUGCUUGUCACCCGUAGCCGCAGGCAGCAGCAGGGAUACCGUGCUAAUGGCGGCAGUGACAUGAAGACACGCAUAUUUGGUGGGGGCAAGAAGGCCAGCAAGAAUGGGACGGGAGGAGGCGCAGGAAGCAGUGGCAUCGGUGGUGGCAACAACAACGGCCCCAUCUACGUAUACAAUGAAAGCUCAUCCCACCAGGGCCUUGGAGAGAAAAACAACCACCAUCAGCCGCUCACAAUGGGGGGCCGGCCUGAAGUCGUUGCCACCACGCCGACCGCCCAGGACAUCCUGCUAAGCAACGAAUUAGACGAUGCAGAGAGGAGGAAGUUUGAUGAGCUGGAGGAGGAGGAGAGGUAUGACCACUUUACCGGAGGGGCCCCGAUCCUUCAGCUUCGCCCGCCACACGACCAGGACGAUAUGAUUGGAGAUUACCUGGAUGAUGACAUGGAGUCCCAGAGGGAUGGCUCUGUCAUCUCACGGACUGCAGUUUACGUGUAGAGGAGGAGGAGGAGGAGGAGGAGAGGAGGAGGUGAAAAAAAAGGCAGGCUGGAGAAUUCCUCCAGAGGAUUUUGUGGCUCCAGGGUCUUGUUCCUGUCUGAAAGGGAAAAGAAAAAUAAUUACCCCUUUUAUUUUUGAAAAUUGAUUUUAAAUAUAGCCUAUUAAUCACAGUGCAGCCCCGGAAUGGACUGAAUGAAAAUGAGGGGUGUGGUGGGAUAUUGUGAAAGGACUAUUGCUGUUUUAUGGUCUCUAAGAACUGAAAAUCAAACGGGAAAAAGAACAACCUGUCUCCCACCACUUCUGCUCAUGCUCUUGCUAUCACUGGGACCUUGACACUUGGCAAAUAGGCAAAAACAGAAACUAUGAAGUGUGGGAGUAGGGUAAUGGAAUCAUGAUACAAGCUUAGCUAUAGAGGAGGCGUCUCACUUUCAUAUUCAAUCUAAUUUUCACCAAAACAAGUGGAAAAGGCCGUCAACCAGUAACAUGCUGCCUGCAAUUCUCAGUCCUCCAGGUAGAAUCUUUUUGGAUGAUGUGUUGCACUGUGACUUUUGGUGGGUAUUAAAGUAAGUUGUACUGGUUUGGCAGGAAAUCAUUUGAAUAGAGUAUAGACAGUGACCACAAGGUGAUUUAGAGAAGCCAACUAUAUAUUUGUUUAUUGGUGAGUUCUUCUCUCUGCUCUCUCUACCGUUCUCUCAAACAUCAAAAAAAGAUUUCUGCAAACUUUGAGCAACACUCUUGAAUUAAGCUGAACAAAAAGUGCGUCAAGUCUUUAUGUCCUGCAAAAAACAGAAAAGCAGUUGACUUUAACUAAAGUAGCAGCUUCUAAGAGUUUGAACCAAGUUCUUAACAAGGUAUUCACAUUUAAACUGUUGUACUGUGCCUGGAGGUAAAAGACGGUAAACAAGAGACGAGGGAAUGAGGUGGAGCCAAUCUGACAGGGUCAAGCAAUGGAGAGAGGGAUGCAGGAGUCAGGAGGCUAAGAGAGGAGCAUGUCUCUUCUUUUCUCUUCCUUCUCCUCGUCAUCUCUUCAGAGCACUCCUGACAGGAGGAGCUUGAUUGUUAAUGAACCGUGAAGUUGCUCGCUUAGCUGGGACCAACAGAUUGCCACCACUUAUCUUAUAUGACGUGGCGAUUCUUCUCCCCCUCCCACCUUUAUUUCUUCAUAAUCUCACUCUCUCUCUCUCUCUUGCUCCCUCUCUUCAUCCCUCUCUUCAGUGUUUAUGGGGAGUUUAUGAUUUAUCCUGGGCAGGGAGGAGGUCAGGGCUAUGGAGAGCAGGGGAGUAUUUUACUACUCCCGAUGUGUCAAAUGCCCCACUUACUCUGCUCCGGCCUGGCCUGCCCUGACAUGCCAGGACUGACUAAUCCACCUGGAGUGGCCAUGUUCAGUCCACUGCACAGAUGCCCCUGCCUCCUCCUGUACUUUAUCAAAGGACCAGAUGCAACAGAAUCCCUGAUUGUCUUCUGACGGUCAUUUUGUCCUUGUUAACGAGCCACUGAAGGCCCACUCGGGCAAAUAUUACUCAAUGGCUACUGUACACCGCUGUCUGUGAGGCUCAGUGUGUACAUUUGCAUGCGUCACGGUAUCUGCGUAGCCACUGGGCGACUGUGAUGGGCAAUCACGGAGAGAAGCCCUACUGUAUCUCAGCUAAUCAUUUUUUCUUUUUUCCCGGCCUUCUCAUCAACUCACCUUUGACCCACUGGGAAUCUGGUGAGUGCGGUCUCGGUGACUGUACCGGCCCCGGUGUAAGGCUAGCUGAGAUCUGGGUUGACGUUUGCUGCAGGUCAUGAGGUCAAAUGCAGGGUGACCCAUUGCCGAGGGAAAAAGAUGACUGUGCUUGCCUGCGUUUCUUAUCGUGGCUGUUUUUAACCUUGAACUACAGAUGUGGAAGAACCACUCAUACAGAGCCUGUAACUGUAAUGGGUGAGACAGUCCUUGUUUGCCAUUGUGAUGGCUUUUAACCUUCAGAGAGGCGAAGAGAGAGAGAGAGAGAGAGAGAGAGAGAGAGAACAGGAGAGGAAGACACAGGAGGCAGACAACAAAAAUAGAGACAGCGUUUAGAGUUUGAGCACAUAUUUUAAGCCUGUAAGUUCAAUAGGAUUAUCGCCUAAUGGCCUUACCUUAUACAUUAAUGCAACUCCUGUCAACCGUGGGUACAGUAAAUUUACUGAACACAGCUGAUUUGCCACAACCACUUAAAUAUAAAUGUACUACUUAUUUUUGCAUUUGUGUGUGUGUGUCACUGCUACAAAGAGAAAUAUAAGUGUAAUAUUUGGUUUUGGGGAGUAAAAAAGAAAUAUUGACAACGGCCAAAACUGAUGUACGUACAUUUUGGUGUGAGGUGUCUGUGUACUAUAUACAUCUUUAUUUUUCUCGUGAAAGUGUGGAUAUUUAUGAAAAUGUAAAUAUCAGAUUGAUGGAGCCACUUGUUGCGGAGGGCACUCUGGGCUGGCUGAGCCUGAAGUUCAAAUGCCCUGGGCGGAGGAGGGGAGUGGGGGCAUUCAGAAUGUAAUUUUUAUUGUAAUGGAUACCUCAGUUGUUUGGGUGUCACAACAUACUAAACUGACUGAGCUUAGUUUCAAGCCUAAGAGUUGAUUUGACUCGGAAUGGGGGCGGGCGGGGGAUUUUAUAUGCUUGUAUAAUUAUUUUUGUUCCAGUUAGCAUUGCCUGCAUUUCCACAUAAUAAGUCCACACUAUUUCUGCGUGGACAAUUGGCUUCUCCGUCUCCUUGACUGACAUGUCUGCACAAUGCAAAGACGCACACAAUGCUCAUAAUUUAUCAGAUAGACCGUAACCAGGCAAGCAAUGGGUUUGCAACUGCCUCAGCUCUCUGUGCGUGUACAAGUUGUGUGUCGGUGUGUAUUUUUUUCGUGACGCUUGCAAGGCUUUAGGACAUCUCUCUCUGUCUUUGGGGCUCGUAACCUGACUGGCCACCCUUUUGUCACCAUGGAAAAACUGGCAAUUCCGAAGAUAUUAUUGUGCAUUUCGAAGACACACUCGCUCGCACGCAUUGUACAUAUACAUGCGCAGAAUGCAGAGAAACACUCGCCCACACACAAACACCUCUCAGUCAGUCUCAUUAUGCUCUCUCCCACAGCCAGACUGUGCAGAAGGCACCUCAUACCUGACAACUCUGCCAUCUCCUGACAUAAGCCCACACAAACGCGCUGGCAUAGCUGCACACGAAAACACACACACAGAAAAACUUCUUCUUUCUCCCAUUUUGUUUGCUCUGCGAGGAUGUAUAGCAUGUCCUGUUAGUGUGGAGGGAGCCGCGGCGUGACGUGUCCCCCCCCCCUCUGCUUCAUCGCUUUCAAUGAGCGACCACGUAGAACAGAGGCUACUACACGUUCAGGUACACAUACUUUUCACCCGGUGUCAGACAUGCAGGCUUUUUUAGUAAAGUCUUUGUCCAGUGCAGUUUUGUUCUGCGCCCGGAAAUAUAGCUUUCAUAAAAAGGCCACUUUGCUGACCUCCUCACCCUCCCACAUCCCUUUGAAUUCUCCCUACCAGUCGCCAAAAUGUUGUUUUCAACUUCCCUUACUUCAGCCACCUCUGCCAGCGCGACCGCCUCCACAGACACACAUGAACACGCCAUUGCCACCCACCUCAGCACCCAAGUAAGGCUUGUCAGACAAAAUGCUUUUAGAGAAACCUGCGAACCUGGCCCGGGUCUUGCACAAGGUUACGCAGUCAAAAUAUCCAGUAUUUUUUCUUUUUCACGAAAGCCACAUGCUGUUAGUAUUUCUUUGGCUCCAAACGUCUGAUGACUAAUCAAAGCCUUAACAUCUCCCAUCUCACUCGCAUAAAAGAAAAAAAAAAAAAUAGAGAAAAUCUUCCUGUGUACAUAGUAUAAAUAUAUAAAUAUGUAGCAGAGAAAAAUAAUUACUAAUUUAUGGUGUCACAUUUGUGUAUUACUCAGUGACAGCAAGCAUGAAGGAUUUAUUUUUUUUUCCUAUUAUGGUUUCUCCACUUUUCUGUUAUUUUGCAGUGCUUUAUAAUUUAUGUUUUCUGAGUGCUUUAUUCUUGACUGUUGCGCUGUGAUUGCUGCCAAAAACUGGCAAAUGUGCUUCUUCUAUACAAAUGAACUGUAUACACACAACAAAACAGUCUUAUCCCAAAAUGUCCUUUUUAUUAUUGACUGCUCUGUGUAAAAGUUGUUUCUUUAUUUCUGUUUUGUAUUUUUUAAUUUUAAAAUUAUUUUUGGUCUUUAAAAAGAAAAAAGAAAAAAAAAAAAAACGAAUUAGAAUUGUUGUCACCAUUUUGUCAUGUCUUUCUACAUUUUUUUUUUUCGUAUUCGGUUGCUAUUAAAGGUUUCUUGAUUUUUGAAAUGU